CCUUUUCUUCUUUCUUAAAUCCCGCCUCGAUAUCACAGCCCACCUCCCCUUCUCUUCAGAUCCUCUUCGGGUCUCCAACUCUUCUCUCUAAAUUUCUGCUCUCGUGUAGCCGCAGAUCGAGCCGCCAUCUCCAUGGACGAAAGCUUAGAUUUGCCCCCUGGAUUCAGGUUCCACCCCACCGACGAAGAGAUUAUCACGCACUACCUCUCACCUAAAGUCGCAAACCAUGGCGCCUUCACUGCAAUAGCUAUCGGCGAGGUGGAUCUGAACAAGUGCGAGCCUUGGGAUCUUCCAAGCAAAGCGAAGCUGGGUGAGAAAGAAUGGUACUUUUUCUGUCAAAGAGAUAGAAAAUAUCCGACGGGGAUGAGGACUAACAGGGCGACGGAUUCCGGUUACUGGAAGGCAACUGGUAAGGAUAAGGAAAUUUAUAGGGGGCGAGGAGUUCUAAUUGGAAUGAAGAAGACUCUGGUUUUUUACAGAGGAAGAGCUCCUAAAGGGGUUAAGACCAACUGGGUCAUGCAUGAGUUCAGGCUUGAAGGAAAAUCAUACUUCUCUAAUCUUCCCAAGUCUGCAAAGGAUGAAUGGGUUGUGUCCAGAGUGUUUCACAAGAACAAUCCAGCUCAAAAGAAGACUCCAAUGUUCGGUGGCGUCGUCUCCAACCUGGCUAGAAUGAACUCCUUCACCGACGAACUAACAGACUCCCCUAACCUCCCUCCAUUAACGGACACACCCUACUUCAACUCUGACAUGGUAGACGUGGACAGCUUCGACGUCAAGGCAAUCAUGGCGAGCUCAGCUCCACUGAAUAACUACUACUCCAUGAACAACUUUCCAUACUCCUCCAACUCUCUUCCAAGCUCCAGCUACCAGCAACAACCAAUCCCUUACUUUUCAGAAGCGAAGGGACAGCAGUACUGCAAAGCCGAGCAGUUCUCGAACCAGUCGAUGGUUAGUCAGGAUACAGGCGACCGCAACACGGAGAUCUCAUCGGUGAUCUCCAAAAUUGAUAUGGCGAGUUGCGCUUCCUAUGGCGGCGGUGCGGUGAUGGACCUAGCCAGUAUGUGGGGGUGCUAAUUAAGGAUAGGGUGGUUGGUUUAAAAGUGUGUGUGCGCUUAAUUAAUGAUAUUAAUUAGUUUCAUUUGUUUGGAUUAGUAACUUUGUUAAUUAAGUUUGUUCUUAAGAGGGAUGGGCGGCUUAAUUAUUCAAGAAAUAUACUGUAUAUAUAAAGAUAGAAGAAUUUCGAUUUUUCUAAUUAAUUAUUGUUGAAUGAUUGUCCGCACUCCUUGUUGGGGUUGAGAAGAGUUUUAAUCUGCGUGGAUUUAUGUAAUGGAUUCUUGUCUUUUAAGUUUUUACAUUAAUAAAUCAAUUGUUU